CAGCAGCCCUGGCCAAAGUAAAGCCCUCUUUUACAUUGACGUCAAGAUCUUUACCAAGAUUAGGGUUUCAUUUCUGUAUUGCAGCAAUUAGCCAGGGAAUGUAUAAAAGGCUUCAGGGAAGCAAGCUAGGACUCCAGAGGGAAAGCACUUUGCACCACAGACAGAUAGCGCGAGAGAGGAGGGAGACAGGGACACACAGAGAGAGGGACAGAAAGUUUGUGUACAAAGACCUUAAAAAAAAGUAGCGUUGCACCUGGUAACACUGGUGACACAGAAAUUAGAGGUCUGCUUAGUGCUUAAAUAGCUGAGAGACAAUGGGACAGGAGAGGAAAGUGAACGAUCUCUGCUUAAAUUUCAUAAUUGCAGGGAAGUAGAAGCACAGCUGCCUCUGUCUUUAACGGACUCAAAAGGGCUAUUGGAUAAGGGAAACAUUUUAGUCUCUGAAAAAGAAAAAGCAGCUCAGAGUAGAAUGAAUUUCAUGCUGAGUUCUGGCUUUGACCAGCCUGAGUAUAUUUAAUAAUUUCUGCUGCCGUUGAGAGAAAGAGGCGGGAGGUGGAGGGGGCUGAUGAGUUUUUUAAAAAUGCCUUUCAUUUUAUUUUAUCUUAUUUUUUAAAUGAGUGCUCAGGGCAAAAAAGGGAGCUGAAGGGAACCCGUUGGAGAGCAGCAGCAGGGAAGAUGGGUCUGUUAAGCGUGGAUUUGCUGAUCGCGCUUCAGAUCUUGCCGGUUUUUUUCUCCAAUUGCCUCUUUCUUGCACUCUACGACUCUGUGAUCCUCCUGAAGCACAUGGUGCUGCUCCUGAGUCGCUCUAAGGCGGCGCGUGGCGAGUGGAGAAGAAUGCUGACCUCGGAGGGACUACGCUGCGUCUGGAAUAGCUUCCUCCUAGAUGCCUACAAACAGGUGAAAUUGGGAGGAGAAGCCCCAAACUCCAAUGUGAUCCACAUAGCUAAUGGCAGCAGCAGCAGCAGUAGCAGAAGGAAAAGUGUUGGCGGGAAAUAUGGAACCAAGUGCCACCUCCUUGACUUUGCCAAUUCAGAGCGCCCGCUUGUGGUUAACUUUGGUUCAGCCACCUGACCCCCAUUCACGAGCCAGCUGUCGGCCUUCGGCAAGCUGGUGGAGGAGUUCUCAGGUGUGGCCGAUUUCCUGUUGGUCUACAUCGAUGAGGCUCACCCAUCGGAUGGCUGGGCUGCCCCUGGGAUCUCCCCCUCCUCAUUUGAGGUGAGGAAGCACAGGAACCAGGAAGACCGAUGUGCUGCUGCUAACCAGCUCCUGGAGCGGUUUUCCUUGCCACCCCAGUGCCAAGUGGUAGCUGACUGCAUGGACAAUAAUGCCAAUGUGGCCUAUGGGGUCUCCUUCGAACGAGUGUGCAUCGUGCAGAGACAGAAAAUUGCCUACCUGGGGGGCAAGGGCCCCUUUUUCUACAACCUCCAGGAAGUCCGGCUUUGGCUGGAGCAAAACUUCAGCAAGAGAUGAAAUCCAGUCUAAGUUGAACAAAGUGUGUCAAGAGCCUUGUCCCUUUAAAGUGAUAUAAAAGGGAAAAAAAAACACUGUUUUACAAUAGGUCUUUUGGGGCCUGUUGCAGGAGAACAGGUUCAAUAAUAAGGUCAAAUGAAUGCAAGCCAGGAAAAAAAACAAAAAAACCCCCAGCACAUAAAAAGAGAAUUGUGUGAGACAAUCCUACUCCUGCCUUCUUAACAGGGCAGAAAAGGCCACUGUGAAAAGUGCUGCUGCUGCGCAUGAAAGGUGGUGGGAUGAGAUUUCUCGCCCAUCCUUUUAACAACAUGUUGACUUUAGGUUCAGAAGAAAGCAUUGCUUCCUGGAAGGCGAUUCUGCGGAGAGGCAACCUCAUGUAUUUGAUCAGGGACAUCUCACUUUUCCAUUGAGGCCUGUGUAGGCAACUUGCCAGCAACCUGGGACCUUCAAUUAAUUUGCAUAAAAUGGAGUGGAUUAUGACUGCCUUCCUGUUUUGAUAGAGAUGUAUGACCCAGCAGAGACUACAAGAUCCACCAUGCAGUGCAAACUGGCUGCUCAGUUCAAGAUGAAACAUUGUAUGUGGAUUUUGUUACUCUCUACAGGCAGCCUCUCUGCGUUGUGUGUGUGUGUGUGUACAGUACGCACACAUACACACACACACAAACACACACACACACUCUUAGGCUUCUGUAUGUUAGCAAUUAAAUUGGCAGCAGGCCACACCAUAGAACUCCAUAGGCUGCAUUUGGCUCUCAGGCUACACCUUGGUCACCACUUUGAGACAGAGAAGGAGAGAGAGAGAGAGUGAAGAAAAGCGGUGAUGGGCGGGCGGGGGAGGGAGAAGGAUACAGAUGAAAGAGUCUGCAAGAUCCUAAGAUCAAAGGAGUGAGGGAGAAAGAAACAGAGAUUGUGUAAUAAAACUAUAACUUUUCACUUUGAAAAUUCAGAAAGUGGGAUUAUUUGUCACCAACACACACAGAUAUACACACACAGCGAAGAGUUCAGCUGAUGCCAGCCUUCAAUAUGUGGGACUGAAAAGAUGUAUUCAUUGCUGCUUUUUUCUUUUUCUUUCUUAAAGAGAAACAGCAGAGAGAGAGAGAGAGAAAGAGAAUUAGGGGUAAUUUUGUGUUUAGUUUUGUAAAAGUAAUUUAUUUCUUUUGACCUAGCAGGCAUAUUUUUGAGCGGGGGCGGGACUUACACACCACUUUACCUCAUUGGAAUUGAAACCUGUCCAGUUGAUUACCCUGUUAAAAUGGUCAUGUUGAUUUUUGCUAUCCUAGAUGCCUGCAAUUAGUUUACAGCCAUAUUAGUUCAUUGAAAAGUUAAACAGUCUUUAGCCUCAGCAACUGCAAUUCUGUUGGGCAGGAUAGCAUUUGGUUCAUGUUUCAUUCUUCUUCUCAGAAGCCUUUGGGGAAAAAAACCCCAUCACACUGGCCUCACAGUCACCACUUUAUUUCUCUGAAGAGGUUAAGGAUGAACUGAGUGAAUUAUCAAGAACAAUUGUAACAAAUGGCUGGAUUUCUCAAAAAUGGCUGAGGGGAAUAUUCUGAAGUAUAUUUAAAGAGACACUGUCAACUUGGUCUAGGCCUUAAGUAUGUUUAGGUUUUGUAAAAAAUUAAGGGAUUUUACAAAACCUAACACAAAUGGACAUGCUUCCAUUGUGCUAGUGCAUGAGAACUGGGAAGUGAAACUGACUAAUUACAAGAGUGAACCUGACCAGCGUAGUUUCACAGUCCAAGCUGAGAGAAAUGCAAAACAAGCAAACAGCAUAAAGUGGGGGAAAAUAAAGGAAAGUGUUAAAUCUCUUACCCUGCUAAUCACCUGAGAUGUUAGUACAAAUACAGGGAAGAACUGGAAAAAAAAAAGAAAUAUUUCUAUUUUACAGUGUCCCUUUAAUCACACUUGGCAUAUUUCCUUUUAUUUUGGUGUGAGUCAAUUCAGCUAAUGCACAUGGCAUUUUAAAAAAAAAUAUGUCUCUUUUAAGAACAGAUAUGACAUUUUGACAGCAAGUGAGUGUGAUUUCUUAUGCAUCCAGGUUAAUGCCUCCCCCCUGGAUGCAUAAACAAACCCUGGUAAAGCAUAGGGUGACCAGAUGUCCCAAUUUUAUAGGGACAGUCCUGAUUUUUGGGUCUUUUUCUUAUAUAGGGGCCUAUUACCCCCCACCCCCGUACCGAUUUUUCACACUUGCUGUCUGGUCACCCUAGUAAAGCAUCCCAGAGAAUCUGGUGGGGAAUGGAGUUCAGAGAGCCAAGUUCAGCUGGGUGGAUGGAAGAGCGUGGUACUCCUGUAUUUCAGGUUUUCAUACUUGCGCUAAGUAAUUUGUGAUGAGGGGUAAAAAAGGGAAGAUGACAUACACUGUUGCCUUCUUUAGGGUGGGCCAAGGGUAUAUAGUAAGAGGUAAGAAGAAAAAAUUGAACAAUGGAAAAUUUAGGCUGAAUAUCCAUCUACUCCAAUGUCUGCCUUCUGGUAUAUAAACCUGACUUCUCAGACCAUUCAGUGAAGUGAUAAUGACCUAGCAAUUACUAUGGUAGAUUGUUACACAUUUUUAUGACUGUGUGGGAGAGCUACCUUAAACCUAUGAACACAGAAACAGGAAUUGCCUACUGGAUCAGAUCACUAGUUCAUCUAGUGCAGUAUCCUAUCUCGGAUAGUGUCAGAUGCUUUAGAAGAAGGUGCAAGAAUCCCUAUACUGGACCAUUCAGAAGUAAACUGUCCACAGGAGUUACUUGUUCUGAACCACAGAUAGUUAAUGCUUGGCUUUAUCCUUUCUACUGUGACUACAGAUGUCUUCAUUAUCCAUAUAAAUGCCUGGUCCUUUUUUGGAAUUCUGUGAAGAACUUGAGCUCAGUUCUGUCUCAUGGCAGUGAAUCUGACGAUCAAAACACAUCCUGUGUUUAAAAAAAAAUUCCUUUUAUCAAAUUUGUUGCCUUUCAAUUUAAUUGAAUUUCUCCUUGGUCUUGUAUUAUAAGACAGAGUAAAUAGGGGCACCCAAUUCUCCUUCUGUGUGUCAUUCAUUAUUUUGUAUACUUUUGAUGCAAGUCUUAUUUGUGUCCUUUCUAAACAAAACAAUCCUAAUCUUUCAAUCCCUCAUAUGGGUCCAUAUCUCUUAUCAUUUCCUCCCAUUUCUGGACUCCUUUUCUUUUUGCUUAACUACCUUUUUCAGGUAGGGUGACCAGAGCUGAAAACAGUAUUCCAGAUGAAAACAUUCAGUGGGUGUAUAUAAUAAUGUAAUAUU